AUGUCAGAUUUAGACGAUUUGCUUGAUGAUUUGGAAGAGAAGAGAGGCAUUACCACACAGAAAGAUGCAAGAAAUGAUGAUAUCUGGGGUAUUGGCCAAGAUAAUGAAUCUCCAUUAGGAAACACUUAUGGAUCAAGGAGCAAGCAAGCUAGUAGCCAGAAGCCGCCAGGCUCUGGAGUUGCUGAUCCCUGGUCGGUUAAGAAGAAGUCUCCUAUCCUAGAUGACGACUUCGAUUUUGAAGAGCCUGACAAAAACUCUGUUUUUGACAGAGGCAGCCAGGAUGGUCCAAUGCAUAUGCCUACCUUUGGAGGAAUGGCUGGAGGAAAUUUAGGAGGCAGCACAUAUUCAAGAGGAUCACAAAGAUCUAAAUCAAAGAAUAAGGAUGAACAGGAAGACGAAUUUGAUAAUUUAUUAGACUCUGUACUUGGCAAGGAUGACCAAGUUGAAAUUGAUCAACCUUCUAUAAAAGAUGAAAUAGAAGAAUUGCUUGAUGAGCCUGAGAGAGGAAGAAGACCAAGACCUGGAAAUGAGAGGUCAAGUAGACAAGAAGCUUCAAAGCAUUCUUCUCAGAUGGGAUUUGAUACAAACCCUUUAAAUCCAAGUCCUAAAAAGAGCCAUCUUGAUGAGAAAAAGAGAGCAUUAUUUGGAUUAUCAGGAAGCUCAGAAGGGAGAAGUAGAGCCCCAAAAAUAAAUUUUGGGCCAAGAUCUCAAGUUUCUCCUGAUGAUGGAGAUAGAAGGAUAGACAACUAUCAAACUAAUUCAUCCCAAGGCAAUGUUCCAGGUGGAAAUGCUAGUGUGAUAGACUCUUCUCCGAUUGGAGUUCUUACUACAGGAAAAUCAAGAAGAACAGCUGCUAGGAGAACUCCUGGAGGAAUAGGUAGUUCUUCUGGUCCAAAACAGAAUAAUAGAUCUAAAACAACAGAUCUUGCAAACAACAGAAGUGGAGCAAAUAAUUUUGGAGGAAAUAUGGAAGCUCCCAUGUUUUAUCAAAAUGAUGCUUCUUCUCCUAAGAAGCCUCCAAGACCAUCAAGUCAAACUCCUCCUUAUCUUGUAGAUGACGAUGACGAUGAUUUUGAUAGAGAUGAUGGUCAAGAUAUCCUAGCAAUGAUGGAGGCCCCAAAUCCAUUGAAGAAUAAAGCCAAGCAGAACAUUACUCCCUCAAAAUCCAAGAAGCCUCAGAUCGGCCAUGAAGACUUUGAUGACGAUAUCUUCUCAGGUGAAGGGGGAUAUGUACCUUCAACUGUUUCAAAAAACAAGCAAGAUGACUCUAAAAGCAGAGGAAAAAGUGAUGCUUCAGAUGAAAAUACUCCAUUAGCUAGGGGAAGAAAGAGAUUGCUACCUGCAGGAAGUGCUACUGGUAUUCAAAAAGACAGCAGAGACUCUUUCUCUCCUCCUGAUGCUCCUGAUCCAAACUAUGCCUCGAAUCCAAAUAUUCGUAACCAGGUUCAUAAGGGUCAGAACAUGAUUGGUUCCGGAACUAUUGGGCUGAAAUCUUCUAUUGGAGUUAUUCCUGUAAAUAAAUCCUCGAGACCAACUAAUAAAGACACACGUGAGAAAUCAGUACCUCUUGACGACUUGAGCAGGGCAAAACUAGAUCUUGAAGAAGCAAGAACCAGAACACUUGAGAUGGAGAAAAGAAUGAAGAAAGAAAUUGAAGACUUAAAGUUAGAACAGAAGAAAGAUAUCCUCAACCUAGAAUCACAUUAUAACAAGAUGUUAGACACACACAACAGAGAAAUCAAGAAUUUAUCAGAUGACAUGUACCUCAGCAUCAAGCAAGAGAGGGAGAAACUUGAAAUGAUUAACAAAACAGAGCUUGAGAAUCGGAAGAAGCAGCAUGAAAUAGAGCUUUUAAGACAAAAAGAUGUCUACGCAGAUCAAAACUCUGCAUUUGAAAAUCAACUUAAACAACAGAUUGAACUGAACAAGAUGCUUGAUCAGGUGAAGACCUCCUCAAAUAACAUUGAGACAACCCUCUCUCACCUCUCUGAGGAUAAAACUCGAGGUCUUCUGCUACAAAUAGAUGAGUGUGAUAAACGAGAGCGUGAACUUGCAGAUAAGCUUAAGAACAUUGAAUACGAGACCAGUGAGACUGAGAAGAGACUUUUAAACACUGAGAAGGAAAUUCAGAACUUCAGGACCAAAACAGAAGUUCUCAAGCAAGACCAAGGAAAGGAUGUACAAACCAACCAAGAAAAUUUACGACAGGAGGAAGUCCACUACAAACGAAUUGUUGAUGAAACCGAACUAAAACAGCAGGAAGCAGAGAUUAAUCUUCAAAGAAUCAACAAUGAAAUCCAGCAAAAGCAAGCUGAAUAUGAUGAUAAAAUCAAUUCAUUAGAACUUGAACGAAAGAUAGUUGUAGCUGACCGCCAGAACUUAUUCGAACUUAUACAAAUGGAGAGGAGCACUCAGGAAAGGAAAAUAGGAGAUCUGGAGCAACUAGACCAAGAAAUCACUCAAGAAGAACUUGAUUAUGAGCAGAGAAGAGCUGAGUAUGCCCAGAAAGAAGAAGUUAUCAAUGAAAAGUACAACCAAAUUAAAGCUAGAACUGAAGUGUACGAAGAAGACAAGGAGAAAUUUGACGACGAAGCCAUGAAAGUCCACCAGUACUGAUUAAUGGUACAGCAAGAAUCAGAAAGAAUAGCUAACUUCAAAUCUAAUUUUGAGUCUAUGAGGAAAGAACUAGAGCAAUCUAGAGAUAUUGUAGCAAGAGAAAAAGCAGUUAUUAAAACAGAGAAAAUGAGACAUAUGGAGAUGGUGGGAGAAUUAGAAACAAAACAAAGAGCAUUAGAACUUGCCAGAUCAGAAUUUAUCAAAGAAAGAAGCGAUAUUGCUCAGCAAAUGUGGGCUAUAAAAAGACCCCUUGAGUAUAAAGUGGAAUUAAAGCCACCACAAAUGAAGCUAUUUAAUCCUAAAGAUGCUAAUUUACCUUCAGCCCCACCUUCGGCUCCAAACUUUGUCCCUAAAAUAAGGACAAAACCGAUGUCAGAUUACAGAAGAACUAAGGUUCAAAAUACUGAUUUCCAGUUGUUCUUACUGAAAGAGAAAGAGUAUCAGCUGAAUGUGAUGAACAAUCUAAAUCUUACAGAUAGCAUACAUGGUUCAGUCAGAAAUUCAAACCUAGAUGGCUCAGGUAUCAGCUCUGUUGACUCACCUGGACUCUUCUUCAACACUGAUAAAAAGUUUAGAGGUUGAGACUCCUUUGGAAGUGGGACAUCGGGGUCCCUGAAUUACAUGAGCAAGAACCUCAAUGUUUAGCUAAUUUUUCAAUAAAUGGAUAGGUCGAA